AUGGGCAUCGACCCGUCCAUGUUCCCACCGGACUGGGACCAGGACGAUAUCGAAGACGCACUCGCCAAUCACUACUACACUUGCACACAAGUCACCACCGAUUGCCCCGUUGAGAACACUACUCUGGGAUACUAUCCAAACCGUGGGAUCAACAUUUUCUUUACUAUUGGGUUUGCGUUUGCGACGGCGGCCGCGUUGAGUUUGGGAAUCAAGAAAAGGACGUGGAGCUACUCGGGAUUUAUCGCGGCUGGGUGCGCGCUGGAACUCGCCGGCUACGGUGCCCGUAUUCCGCUGACUGACAACCCGUGGAACAACCAUGCCUUCGAGACCCAGAUCGUCGCUAUCAUCCUCGCCCCGACCCUUCUCUGCAUCUCCGUCUACCUCACCCUCAAACAUGUCUGCCUGGCUCUUAACCCGGCCUUGUCACGUGUCCGGCCUCGCCUGUACCCAUUCAUCUUCGUGCCCAUGGACGUCUCUUGCCUCCUGGUCCAAGCUAUUGGCGGAUCGUUGGCUGCCAGCGGAGCGCGGACCAACUACGUGAUGACACAGCACGGGAACAGAUGUAUUAUUGCCGGUAUUGUAUUGCAAGUGGUGGUGUUGGGAUUCUUUGGGAUCACCGCGGGGGAUUACUUGGUCAGGGUCAAGAAGUGGGUCAACUCACCCGAGGCCACCCCAGAGGCGCUCGCCAUCUGGAAGGACAAGAAGUUCCGCCUGUUCGUGUAUGCCGUUGGGGGAGCCUACACUGGUAUCCUCAUCCGGUGUAUCUACCGUAUCGCCGAAAUGGCUGGCGGUUGGGGCAACUAUAUCAUGCAGGACGAACCCUCGUUUGUGGUGCUAGAAGGAUUCAUGGUUCUUAUCGCCGGCGUCCUCCUCGCAAUUUCCAAUCCCGGUUAUUUGUUUCCACAAAUGGCCGCCAACAAGUCCGCUUCCAACACAACCGACGAUAGCGCCCAGAGCGCUGACAACGGUGAUGCUGAGAAGCAGGCGCAGCCGGAGGGUCUUGGAACCCGCCGUCAAACGACGAGUGGGGAUGAGUCCGCUUUUAGUGAAGGGUAG